AUGAAACUCUUAGACAUUAAACGAGUGAUCUUGCAUAAGGUUAGGUCUCGUAAAAAAUAUUCGCGGAGUGUUAACCUUUCGCAAAAAGCAAUUCUUAGAAACCUGUCAGAUCUUUGCAGAUCUUGUAGGGACUUUCAUGCAUUGCAUUUCAAUCCUCCAUCGAAAUUGUGCAACUGCGCUUCAAUUGAUCACAUUUCAUACACCAAUCCAAGAAUGUUCACCAAAAUAUUACACUUAAAGUCGGCGGGAAAUAUUUUGCACCGUCUCUUUCAAAGGCCAGAAAAUACACAACAAGCUAUGAAUAGAUUCCGAAAAAAAGUGAAUAACUUUCAUUUGGAAAAAUAA